CAGAUGCUCCAGUGUGGACAUGGUUUAUUCUUCAGAAAAGGGCCUUAUUUUCAUCUCCCUGCCCAGUAUUUACAUUGUUUAUUUCCUGUGCCUGCCAGUGGGAGUUCUUCAGAGAUAGCAGUUAUAACAGGCCCAAGAAUGUGACUUUAUUACAGGUCAGAAUUUCAGAAAAAAACAAUUACAGGUAAGUAAUCACCUCAUAUACCCAACGAAAAGGGAACAUACCCCAUGAUUGUCGUCAGGAAAUAGUACUCUAGUGGCUACAUCUGUCCAGUUGGUGGAUUGCACAGGGAGAGAUUUAAUCAGGUCUCAAGCCUUUCACAUACAGGGUCACUGAUUCAGAUAUUAUUGCCUAUACAAAAGGAGUCCAGGGUCUCAUUUCAGUUCCUAGUGGAGAUAUUCCAGAUUGCAAAACCACCAUCACACAGUUGACACCAUGUUGGUGGCCUCAACACAGUUCCUAUGGAUUGAACAAGCUGUAGAAAUGGGACUCCCUUCCCUGAGUCGGAGUGAUCAAUCUGGGGCACAUGGGACAGCUUGAGGGGUGUUGGUGAGGCAGAGUUGGGCAGCUUAGCUCCCUCUCCAGAGCUGUCAGUGUGGCACUUCCCACCAAUGUAUUAGCUCUGUGGACAAUAGCUGGGCAACCUUUUCUUUAUUAUUAGGCUCGGCGGAAACUCCAAAAUGCUGCAAGAACUAACUGUAUGGCACAUGCUUUCUCUCCAUGUUCUGUAUACUUCUUAUUUUCCUCUCUGCUUCUCUCAGGAUCAGCCAGCUUUACUGGCCAAGUGGUCCGCUCUGCUUCGGGGGAAACGCCCAUUCCACCCAUCUGUCCAGGUCUUAGCACCCAGCCACUUCCUCAUCACAAUCCCACUGCGUGGCCUGACAGGGUACCGGGAGCGCCAGGUACGGCACUGGCGGUAUUACACCGUGCAUGGGGCAAAGCUCCUUUCCCCAGUACGGGACCCAGAGGAGCUGCAGCAGUGGCUGGAGGUGGAGCAGUUCUCAAAGAGCCUACAGCAGUGGCAUGAGACAGAGGUGAACAUCGAAGGUGACCUUGUUCCAGCCAAGGUCCUUGCCAUCUUCAGGGAGUUGAUGGAGAAGUCAAUUACCUCCUGUAACCUCUCCAGUAAAGUCAGUAUUCUGGAGAGUUUCAGCUCGGUGGUUCGAGUUGCUGUGGAGACACCAGACUCCCAGGUAGAGGUGGAGCUGGUCCCUACUGUGGAAAUCCCAACCUGCUGGCCUGAGAAAGCCCAGUGGCCCCGCUGCUUCAAGCGCUGGCCUCCCCAGGAGAAAGUGCAGUGCAUCAAGUCAUUUGGCUUUAAUCUCCUGGCCCGCUCCAAUUACCACUGGCAGCUGGACUUCUCCCGAGCUGAGCGCAUGCUGAUCGAGGGCCUUGACGAGGACGGUGGCUGCCGCAUGAAGUGCUUCCGGGUCAUGAGACAAAUGAAGGAGGAUGUCUGGUGUACAGGAAAUAAGCCAAUCCUGACGACCUAUCACCUACAGAUGGUGCUGUUCUGGACGUGCGAGAAGUACCCACGAGCCAAGGACUGGCGCUGCUUCCGGGAAGGCUUCCUGCGCAUGGUGAAGAAGCUGCACAAGUGCGUGAGCCAGCACUUCCUCAAGCAUUACUUCAUUAGGGGCACCAACCUGCUCAAGUAUGCCAACACCAGUGACCUGGACCUAGUGGCCGGCAAGCUCGCCGUCUUCCUGGAGAACCCCGUGCUCUGCCUGGACUGAGGCAGGGAGAACCUGAUCUCUCAAUCUUGUUUUACACCCUGGUCCCUCUUGUUGCCUGUAGUUGUUCUGCCCUUUCAGUAGAUGCUGUGACUUUGAACCUGAGACGUGUGGCACGUGCAGUAUGGAAGAGACGAGUCAAACUGAAAGCAGUGAGAGGACAAAACUAUCUAGAGGGUUUGCUUGAUGCCCAGUCAUUGCAAUUUGCUUUCUACAGCUUGAGCUGCCUGUCUUGGAGUCAUUGCCAUUCAAAUCCCCAAAACAAGCCAGACCAGAUACUGCCCCACUGUUUGUCACUAGUCCUGUGGCUCAUGGGCCAAAAUGCAGAGUGGUCUAGUGGUAAGAGCCAGGGAAUAGCAACCAGGACACCUUACUCUGCCACCUACUUGCUGUGAGACUUGACUCCUCUAUACUGCCUCCUUGCCCGUCUGUAAAAUGGAAUUAAUACCUACCUACCUGACAGCAUUGUUGUGAGACUGAAUGAAUGUUUGUACAGUGCAUUGAGAGAUGCAGAUUGAAACCUCGGUACAAUCACAAGGUGUUAUUGUUACAGCCAGUCUGUCUCACCUCCCUCCACAAUUAAAUGUGGGUCCCGCCCUCACUGUAAAGAGAGUUUAAUUGGUAAGUGUUGAAUAGUCCAGUUACUGUUUUUUGCCCCUCCCUCAUGGUCUUUUUCUCUCAAGUUUUUCUUGAGGCAGGCUCCCCGGGUUUGCCUUUGCCACCUGUGCUAGUGCCAUGCCGUCAGCCCCCUGGCGGUGUUUGCUGUGACAGAGCUCUCAAGCACACAUGGCUCUGCCCAGCUGUCUGGGGGAUGAACUGAUCUCUCACCUUUUAGCACCUGUAUAUUUUUGGGUGCUGUUAGAGACAGAAGGAGCAUUUUUUCAAAGGUUCCUAGUUGCAGAGGAUUCCAGAGCUUUCUAUAAAUAAUAUAUAAAAAAAAUAAAGUGCUAGUGUUCUGAGAAAAGAAACAAAAAGAGUUCUAAAGUGAAUGUU